UCUCUUUUUUAUUUUUUAAGUGAAAAUCUCUUCAAACGCACCACUGACUUGCUGGUCUCGGAAGGAUAUGCUGCUGCCGGUUACGAAUAUGUCAUUAUUGACGAUUGUUGGCUGGAAAAAUAUCGCGAUAAUGCAACAAAUAAACUAGUAGCUGAUAGAUAUCGCUUCCCCAGUGGUCUCAAUCACUUGGCUGACUAUAUACAUAAUGCUGGCUUGAAAUUCGGUUUAUAUCAGGAUUAUGGCACUCACACCUGCGCCGGUUAUCCGGGUGUCAUCAAUCACAUGGCACUGGAUGCGCAAACCUUUGCCGAGUGGGAUGUAGACUAUGUAAAGUUGGAUGGUUGCUAUGCAGACACGUCAACAAUGGAUGCUGGUUAUCCGGAAUUUGGACGACUACUAAACGAAACUGGACGCCCAAUGGUGUACUCAUGCAGUUGGCCGGUCUAUCAGGAAUAUGAGGGCAAAAUUCCCGACUACGAGGCGCUCAAGCAGCAUUGUAACUUGUGGCGCAACUAUGAUGAUAUUGAUGACUCCUUUGAGUCAGUUGCUAAGAUAAUGGACUACUUUUCCAAAAACCAAAACCGCAUACAACCGCAUGGUGGACCUGGUCAUUGGAAUGAUCCGGAUAUGCUGAUUCUGGGAAAUUAUGGUCUCAGCUAUGACCAAAGCAAACUACAAAUGGCGGUUUGGGCCAUAUUAGCAGCACCGCUAAUCAUGUCAAACGAUUUGGCCGCGGUACGUCCUGAAAUCAAAGCGAUUUUGCAAAAUCGUGAGAUCAUUGCGGUGAAUCAGGAUCCCUUAGGUAUUCAGGGUCGUCGUGUGCUUAUACAAAAGAAUGUGGAAGUUUGGACACGUCCAAUUACGCCAAGAAAUGCAGCGGGGGAUUAUUCAUAUGCUGUGGCAUUUGUCAACCGCCGCGCAGAUGGCGCUCCCUAUCCGAUCGGUUUUAACCUAAAAGAUAUGGGAUUACGCAGCCAACGAGGCUAUGAUGUGGUGAACCUCUUCGAUAAAUCACAAAAAUUAGGACUGUUCAGGCAGUUGGAUACAUUUGAAACACGCAUUAUCCCAAAUGGUGUCAACUUUUUUAAAUUCAGUGUAUUGAAUUAAAAUGCCAAUUAUUCUAUGUAUUUUAUAUACUUAUCUUUAACGAGUGUUCUUUUAAGGAAAAUAUGUUUGUACAAUUUUCAAGACUAAACACGCUGUUACACAAAAUGCUUUAAUAAAGUAAUUAAAUAAGAAAAAAAUAUAUGUAUACGUAACUAUAUACAAACUAAAAACUAAUACUUUUGUGAUUUUAU